AUUGAGGAUAGGUUUGAGACGUCGGGUGGAUGGGUUGCCGCCAUAGGUGGUGGCAUACAUGAUAAGAUGAGGGAGGGGGUCGGGGUUGUGUGGGAGUUGGGUGGGGAGGGCGGUUGGAAUCAGUUCCAGGCCAAAGCGGGUGGAUGGGUGGAAUUUGGCCUGGACUGA